GAGCUCUCUCCAGUAACAGCUCUGCCGUCCUCUCUGCGCUGGGGAAAGGAGCAGAAUAAAAGUGACUCGAUGCUGAUCCCCAGAAUGCCUGUCCUCAGCUGUGUGGUUGUAAUUCUGCCCAUUCUGACUCUCGCGGAGGCGGCCUGUACGUGUAGUGGCAAAUCAAAAUGUUACUGUGAUGGAGUGAAAGGCAACAAGGGCGAAAGGGGGUUACCUGGUUUACAGGGCCAACCUGGAAUUCCAGGGUAUCCCGGUCAAGAGGGUCCACAAGGCCCAGAAGGUCCCAAGGGAAACCUUGGAUUUCCAGGAAUGCCAGGAAGUAAAGGAUCAAGGGGACUUGCCGGUUUACCAGGUUAUGUGGGAAAUCCUGGCUUUCCAGGUAUCCCUGGAAAGGAUGGGCCUAUGGGUGUUAAAGGUAUACCAGGAUGCAAUGGCACAAAGGGUGACCCUGGUUUUCCAGGAAUCCAUGGCUCAGAGGGACCGAGAGGACCUCCAGGACCUCCAGGGUUUCCAGGAAAAAAGGGUGAACCCGCUCAUGAGGUACAGUUAUAUCCAGGAGACAAAGGGCAACCUGGUCCUCCAGGUCUUCAAGGAAUCCCAGGUAAUCCAGGAAACCCCGGGCUACCGGGACCGACCGGACCUCCAGGACCCCCGGGUCUGACAGGACCACCUGGCCGUCCUGGCCCAAAGGGCAACAUGGGAUUGUUCUUCGUGGGUUCCAAAGGUGAUAAGGGUGUGAAAGGUCUUCCUGGUCCUGUUUAUCGGCCAGAACGUGGUCCAACCAUUACUGAGAAAGCACAGAAGGGCAGCCCAGGACCCCCUGGAGACCCGGGGUUCCCUGGCCCCCCUGGUUUACCUGGCGGCACAGCAACAGAAUGCAAGGGAGAGAAAGGAGAUCAAGGUGACACAGGAGCCCUGGGAAAACCAGGUAAAGAUGGAGCAACUGGUCUGCCGGGUUUGCAGGGAUUGAAAGGCGAUCCAGGUUUUAGAGGGUUUCCAGGAAGACCUGGAAGUCCAGGAUGGAAAGGACAAAUUGGUCCCCCAGGGCCCCCUGGUCCGCAUGAAGAAGAUGAUUACGAGCAUUGUGUAAAAGGCAAGCAAGGGAAUCCAGGUCCUCCCGGACUGAAAGGACAACCAGGAUUACAAGGUGAUGAUUGUUGA